AUGCAGUACAAUCUGAUCGGGAGCAGAAUCAACAACCACUAUGUGUUGGAUCCCUACGUCAGCAUGCUCUACCUAAAAAGGGCAUAUAAAUUCUUGAAGCUCCUAAAGGACAAUGAAGGAGAGGUUAUCAUUGUUGGAAAUAACCACAGAGAAAUCAACUUAGAAAACUACUUUAAUAAAAUUCAGCGCAAGGAGAUAUGUGAUUUAAAUACCAUAACAAACGUUACGAAGACAUUUGACCUGCUUGUUUGCACCGACUUAGCGUUGUUCUACCCCUACAUCAAGAGCGUCCUCAUCCCCAAAAUGUUGAUUGCGGAUGGAAAUACCUUCAUCAAGUACAAGUCAUUUUUGCAUGCCUUUGAUUACUUCAUUCCACUGACCAAUCAGAAGCUAGACCGACACCUGCACUAUGUGCUAGCGCGUAGAUACCUCUCGUGA